UCAUUAUAAAUAGUGUUUAAUGUUGUAAUAUAUUUGUAUUUACUAUUUUGUUUUGAACAUCGAUCGGGAUUCGGGAAUCAUCCAUCAGGUCUAUAGUGGCUAGCCCACUAGGGACAGUACCACAGUAGGCCAGUAGGGAGUAGGACCCCAGUUGACACUUAGCAGUGUAUGACUAUUGUUUAGUGGGUGUCUCGAGUUAAGAUAUCCAUUCUUUAUAACUCUUUUCACUGCCACCUGUGUCCUGUCAACAGCCGCUGAGUAACUACUUAGCACAUUCUUGUAAAGCGUCUGGCAUUGAUCAAGGAACGACAUUAUUUACUUUUCUGAAACGUGUUUUCUAUGGACCGGCGUCGAGUCAAUUCGAUUCAGUCGGAUGAUCAGUAGUGGUUCUCUUCGCUUAUCCAGAAAAAAGUCCAAUAGAUAAAAAUAUGGGUAGUCCAUCAAGAUCAAGAUGGGUAACAAAUGACGAAGUUAUGGAAGUAGAUAAUUUAUAUUCAGCUUUUUUUGCAAGAGAUAAUGUACAUGUAUCAAAUGAUGUACCAGAAAAUGUAGCUGCAGGUCCCAGAAUUAAUUCACCUAUGUUUGGCUCUGAUCCACCUCCACAAAAUGAAGUCAAUGAUCCAAUAGAUCCAGUAGAUCCUGUACAUUUAGUUCAUCCAGUUGAUCCAAUAGAUGCUGUUCAAUAUGAUGAAAGUAGUUCAGAUUCAAUUGAUUCUCGUUCAUCAAGUGUAAUAUUGAUGUCAAGUACUCGAACAACUCCAAGACCUGGAAGAUUUACAGAAUCUUCAGAAGAUUCUUCAGAAGAAUCUCUAAUAGGAUUUCCUAUAGAUCCUCCAGCAGGAUCUCCAGCAGGAUUUCCUACAGAAUCUCCAAUGGAUUCUCUAGCAUCAUCUCCAGAAACAUCUCCAGAAUCAUCUAGAAUGGGAUCUUUAGAACCAUCUCCAGUGGGAUCUCCAGCUACAUCUCCACCAACAUCUCCAACAAGAUCUGCAGCAACAUCUUUAAAACGUACUUUAGAAGAUGCAGCCACUACAUUACAAACUAUUAGCGAUAAUCCAGAUGAAGCAUUUGCCUGUUCAAUAUGUUUAGAUACUUUGACUAAUACUGGAUCUCAUAAACCAGCAUGUUUGAAAUGCGGUCAUAUUUUUGGAGAAAAUUGUUUACAAAGAUGGAUUAAAGUUGGAUGUAAUAGGGAUGCAAGAAGAUGUCCAACAUGUAACACUAAAGCGAGUUUAAAAGAUAUUAGAGUUUUAUAUACUAGAAAUCUAGUAGCAGUUGAUACUGCAGAGAUAACUGCUCUUGAACUUAAAGUGGAACAAGAAAAUCGGGCAAAAAAUUUAAUGCAUUUGGAAGCAGAAAGAUGGAAAGUGAAAGCUACAUAUUUAGAUAACGAAGUAAAAAGAUUAAAAACUAUAGUGAAUGCAGAGUUACAAAAUAAAGCGUCAACUAGUGGUCCAACUACAGUACGGCAAUGCAUAAAAAAAAUUAAUAUUUGCAAAAACCUAGGCUGUAGGGUUAUGGCAUUUAAUAAAAAUAAUAUGAUGAUGGUGGUGUCACAACAUUCUGAUACAACAUUAUUUAAGUCACACGUAAUCAGAAAAAUGAACGGAGCAAUACUGGAACCUUCUAAAGAAUGUAUUUUUGCACAUAAAAAACAAAUUCGUGAUAUGGCGUUUCACCCAUUUGAACAUAAUCUUUUGGCUUCUGUUGGUUUGGAUAAAACCAUAAAUCUAACAGAUUUAAGUAUUAACACGGUGGUUUCCUCUGUAGAUGUUUCUGAACCAUUGUGGUCAUGUUGUUGGGCUGGUGAUAAUACUAACGUGUUGGUUGCGGGUGGUCAAAUGGGGUCUGUAUUUUAUAUUGACCGUAGGUAUAUGAAAUUGUUCAACUUUGAACAGAUUCGAAAACCUGGUUGUGUUUCUCUUAAUCCACUCCCACCGUCAUCAUCUCGAUCAUUCCUCAAUGGUGGAAUUUUUAAGACUAGAAUGGAUUUCUUGUCUGUGCUUGAACAAGACCCUGGACAAGAACUUAAUGUAUAUAGAGAGGUGGAAUUGCCAUUAAAAGGACUCUGGACUAGUUCUUAUUAUGAUAGUCAAUCUAAUCUACUCCUGUCAUCCGCUAAACCGUGUGGUCCCAACAAGUCUGUUAGACAUAUUGUGUCUAAAUUGGCUGAUUUUAAUCCAGAAGGUCCUUUAUUAAAUCCAGUGGUCACAUUUUAUGGUGGAGAUAAGUCUACGCAAUUAUCUCGCUCGUGUUUAGUUCCACCAAACGGUGGAUACAACGAAGAUAUGUUAGCGUGUUGUUUUGAUGAAAGAUCAAGCACCAUCAAAGUAUUCAAUAUCAAUGCAGGCAAUAAUGUUCACAAUUUCCAUGUUACUGAAAACUUUUUGGAUCUAUGUCCCUUACCUGGGCUAAUCAUAAAUGGUAGACGAACAAUGGCUGGUUUGUCAGAAAAUGCUAUGAGUGUUUUUUCUGUUUAAAAAACAAAAAAAAAACAGAAAACAUUCUGUUUUUAUUUGUAUAUGCAUUUAUUACUUUUAAAUUUAAAUUAAAGAUUUCUCCAUGAACAAAAUUGUAGUGAGUUAUGUGCAUAUACUCGUUCAUUUGAUUAAAUAUUGUGUUAUCCUAUAUUCAUUUAUUUUAAACUUAGUUAUUUAAUAAGUCUGAUGUCUGUUGACAUACAAUAUUAUGUAUUUGCUUG